AUGCUUGCUCACCGAUUGUCACCGAUAAUGAGCGCACCGGACGUUCCGACCGAACCGUUCCCGUUGUCGGCACUGUUGCCGAAGAGGGAGACGACCGCCGCCUCCUUCCUCACCAAAUACCCCGAAUAUGACGGCCGAGGCGUGAAGAUAGCCGUUCUUGACUCAGGCAUAGAUCCCGGCGCUCCCGGUCUUCAGACCACAAGUGAUGGCAAACCGAAGAUCAUUGACUUAAUGGACGGCUCGGGUGCCGGAGAUGUGGACACGUCUACUGUUGUCGAAGCGGAUAUCGACGGCUUUAUUACGGGUUUGACGGGUACUAAACUUAAGAUCCCGAGCCAAUGGCAGAACCCUUCGGGCAAAUACCACAUCGGAGUGAAGAAUAUCUACGAGUUGUUUACGAAAGGAAUGCGCGAACGGAUGGCCAAAGAAUACACUGAGAAUGAGUGGCAACCGAUGCAGAAGACGGCGAUCGCCGAAGCCGUGCGACAGCUCCAGGAGUUCGAGAGGACUCAUUCGGACGCCUCGGCAGACAAUACCGAAGAGAAGCUGAUCCGCGAAGACUUGCAAUCGAGAGUUGAUUUUCUCAAACAGUUGGACAAAAAGUUUACGGAUUUGGGACCGACUUAUGAUUGUGUGGUCUUUAAUGACGGCAAGCAUUGGAAAGGAGUUGUGGACACUUCAGGCGCCGGCAAACUUGAAGACUGUACACUAUUAGGCAAUUAUAGGGAGUGUUUGAAAUACGGGACACUUUCUGAUAGAGCGCCUCACGGGACACACGUGGCCAGUAUAGCGGCCGCGCAUUUCCCGAACGACCCGGAGAGGAAUGGUGUGGCGCCGGGCGCUCAGAUCAUCAGCAUAUGUAUCGCUGACAUGAGAGUGACACCUAUGGAGACCGGAACCGCUUUAAUGAGAGCACUUGUCCGGGUAAUAGAGAGCGGGUGUCACGUGAUUAACAUGAGUUACGGAGAGGCCGCCCAUUACGCCGAAGGCCGUAUUUUGGAUUUCAUACACGAAAUUGUCAAUAAAUACGGCGUUAUAUUUGUGGUCGCGGCUGCAAACAUGGGUCCAGCGCUGUCCACUGUCUGGACGCCGUCCACAAUGCACUCUUCAUCCAUGAUAUCAGUCGGCGCUUACGUGUCGCCCGAUAUGAUGGCUGCCGAGUACUCGAUGCUUAAGAAGAUGCCCGGAAUGAGCUACAGCUGGUCGUCGAGAGGACCCACCACAAAUGGAGACCUGGGAGUAUCAGUGACGGCUCCGGGCGGUGCCAUAACAUCGGUGCCCAACUGGUGCCUCAAGAAGUCGGUGUUAAUGAACGGAACGUCGAUGUCGUCGCCAAACGUUGCCGGAUGUGUCUGUCUUUUGGUGUCCGGACUGAAGGCCCGGGCAAUCGAUUACUCGCCUUACAGUGUCCGCCGAAGUAUAGAGAACACUGCCCUCAAGAGUAUACAAAACUACGAGCCCUUCACUCACGGACACGGACUCAUACAAGUAGAGAAAGCCUUCGAACACUUGACUCAAUUCAAAGACUCGGUCGAAAGGGAUGUCCGCUUUCACGUAACGAUUGACCAGAAUUUAGGCGUUUAUCUCCGACAACCCGAAGAGGUGGCCAAUCCAUCGAUACAACAAAUUAGUGUUGACGCGAUUUUUCUAAAUGACAAACAAAUUGAUAACAAUCGAAAAGUAGAUUUUGAGAUGAAUUUGAUUCUCAUUUGUGACAACGAGUGGAUAACGUGUCCGUCGUUUUUGCACUUAACGUACGGCAGAAAGUUUUCUAUUAAAGUGGAUCCGCGAGGACUGGAGGACGGGAGGGAACACUUCGCGUUCAUCCGAGCCUACGAUACGAAUUGCAUAGAAAAGGGUCCCGUAUUUCACAUUCCCGUCUCCGUAAUAAAGCCCAUGAAAAUACCCGAGUCUAAACAACUGAAAAGCACUCAAAAGUAUAAACCGGGUUAUUUUAAGCGCCAAUUUGUGGACAUACCCUCGUCAGUGAAUUCGGUGGUCAUUCGGGCCAAGAAUCUGGACCCACAAGAGAGCGGUUUGUUUGUCAUUCACUGCCAACAACUGUCGCCACUGCUGUCCAAUCAAACCCAUUCCGCCAAAAACUUCUUCUCAUUGGAACCGUUGGCUGAGAAUACUUACGCUAUUCCUCUAAAAAGUGGCCGCACUCUUGAGAUCUGUUUUGGGAAGUGGUGGUCGAGUAUUGGCGAGUCUUCAGUUCAAUUGAAUGUACAAUUUUACGGACUCCAGCCAUCGCUUGACUCAUACACAAUGUUGUCAAGUGAAGGCAUUUCGCGAUUAGAUAUUCAAUCAAACUUUGGUUAUGAAGUGAUUUCGCCCAAUAUUUUGCUGCAGACAUACGUUCAGCCCUUAAGACCCGUUGAGAGUAAAGUGCGUCCACUAACUGCUCGCGAUGUCAUACCUAUCGGUCGACAAAUCUAUGAAAAUUCCAAAGCGACCGUAGUUUACAUCUCGUGUCCGCUUCUAUCGGAUGUCUUAUUUGAAUCGGAAUAUGAUUCGCAAAUUUGGAUGAUUUUUGACGCAAAUACUAAGCAAUUGUUGGCCACCGGAGACGCCUAUCCAAUCAUUUGGAAUUAUUGGGUGAAACUAGAAAAAGGCGAAUACACUGUUCGGAUGCAAAUCCGUCACGAAUUGGUCGCACAAUUGGACAAACUGUCAGAUCUGUCGAUCAAUGUUCACCAGAAGCUGACUCCCGGCGCGUCGUUGAGUCUCUACGAGACCUACAAGAAUGCCAUCACUGAUGGCGAGAAGUUUGACACAUAUGUGUUGCCACCAAACUGUCACAAACCGGUGUUCGUGGCGGCGAUGACCGAACUGCCGAAGGGUCUAACGGUGGCCGCCGGCGGCUAUUUCUCCGGUCACAUAACGUUCACCAAAUCAGAGGUUCGCAAAAAAGCGGAACAGUUUGCCUUCAAAUACGUGGUCGACAGCGAACCACAGAUGAAGCCCAAAGACAAGGACAGCAAUAGUGCCGAAGACUCCGCCGAUAAGAAGACCACUGCCGACGGUUUGCCCGAAAAGUCUUUGGAGGAACAGUUCAGCGAAGCGUUGAUUGAUUUAAAAAUAUCUUGGAUUUCAAGAUUAAAGGGUAAAUCAUCGGAAGACGUAUUCACUGAACUUCAGGCCACAAACAAAGCCAAUACUCAGCUAUUGUUGGCCCGAAUGCAAGCGCUGGACGCCGACCCUCAACGCGGCCAACACCUGACCACUCAAAUCAAUUUAGCGAACGAUGUCUUGGAUUUGAUAAAAGUUAGUGAUUUGAUCGCUUCGUUGGCUGUCGUGAAGAGUGAGAAGAAGGACACCAAUAAUUCAACCAAUAAUACAAACAAUACGGCACUCAAAAAUUUGGAGAAACAAAAGACAACUGUUUUGGAAGCUUUGGUGAAGAAGGGUAUCGCCAUCUGUGACCUAAUCGACGCCCAGACCGCGGACUCGAUCGCCGCCUCUAACGCCAAACUCUCUCCGACUGGCGACCACUUUGUCUCCGACGCGAAUCAAGUUUAUGCCGAAAUCUGUAAACUCGCCGAUCCUUACGACCAAAAAGUGGCCAAAUUUACCGAACGUCACGCCCUUUUGCACCGACACUUCGGUCGAGCCAUCAAACUGUUUGCCAAACUCCAGGAGUCGAAGGCGUCCCACGAGUUGGAGCUCAAGACCAUUAAUGCAUUCAAGCAAUUAAAUUGGACUCAUUUGGAGGCCGCGUAUAACCGAUCCAUUAAUGUUAAACAAUGCAUUACAGAACACUAUAAUAUGAGCUUGGCCUACAUUUCAAACGGGGUUACAUUACUAUUAGUGAACGACACGUUUAAUCGCCUUGCUCACCGAUUGUCACCGAUAAUGAGCGCACCGGACGUCCCGACCGAACCGUUCCCGUUGUCGGCACUGUUGCCGAAGAGGGAGACGACCGCCGCCUCCUUCCUCACCAAAUACCCCGAAUAUGACGGCCGAGGCGUGAAGAUUGCCGUUCUUGACUCAGGCAUAGAUCCCGGCGCUCCCGGCCUUCAGAUCACAAGCGAUGGCAAACCGAAGAUCAUUGACUUAAUGGACGGCUCGGGCGCCGGAGAUGUGGACACGUCUACUGUUGUCGAAGCGGAUAUCGACGGCUUUAUUACGGGUUUGACGGGUACUAAACUUAAGUGUUUCCAAGUAAUGACUGUCUUAACGGAUCAGAUCCCGAGUCAAUGGCAGAACCCUUCGGGCAAAUACCACAUCGGAGUGAAGAAUAUCUACGAGUUGUUUACCAAAGGUAUGCGCGAACGGAUGGCCAAAGAAUACACAGAGAAUGAGUGGCAACCGAUGCAGAAGACGGCGAUUGCUGAAGCCGUGCGACAGCUCCAGGAGUUCGAGAGGACUCAUUCGGACGCCUCGGCAGACAAUACCGAAGAGAAGCUGAUCCGCGAAGACUUGCAAUCGAGAGUUGAUUUUCUCAAACAGUUGGACAAAAAGUUUACGGAUUUGGGACCGACUUAUGAUUGUGUGGUCUUUAAUGACGGCACGCAUUGGAAAGGAAUUGUGGACACUUCAGGCGCCGGCAAACUAGAAGACUGUACACUAUUAGGCAAUUAUAGGGAGUGUUUGAAAUACGGGACACUUUCUGAUAGAGCGCCUCACGGGACACACGUGGCCAGUAUAGCGGCCGCGCAUUUCCCGAACGAACCGGAGAAGAAUGGUGUGGCGCCGGGCGCUCAGAUCAUCAGCAUAUGUAUUGGUGACACGAGAGUGGGCUCUAUGGAGACCGGAACCGCUUUAAUGAGAGCACUUAUGCGAGUAAUAGAGAGCGGGUGUCACGUGAUUAACAUGAGUUACGGAGAGGCCGGCCAUUACGCCGAAGGCCGUAUUCUGGAUUUUAUGCACGAAAUCGUCAAUAAGUACGGCGUUAUAUUCGUGGCUUCGGCUGCAAACAGCGGUCCCGCGCUGUCCACCAUCGGUACGCCGCCCACAAUGCACUCGUCGUCCAUCAUAUCGGUCGGCGCUUACGUGUCACCCGAUAUGAUGGCCGCCGAGUACUCUAUGCGCCAGAAGAUGCCCGGAAUGAACUACAGCUGGUCUUCGCGCGGUCCUACCAUAAAUGGCGAUCUGGGAGUGUCGGUGACCGGUCCGGGCGGUGCCAUAACAUCGGUGCCCAACUGGUGCCUCAAGAAGUCGGUGCUAAUGAACGGAACGUCAAUGUCGUCACCAAACGUUGCCGGAUGUGUGUGUCUUCUGGUGUCCGGACUGAAGGCCCGGGCAAUUGAUUACUCGCCUUAUAGUGUCCGCCGAAGUAUAGAGAACACUGCUCUCAAGAGUAUUCAAAAUUACGAGCCCUUCACUCACGGACACGGACUCAUUCAAGUGCUGUUCAGACAUCCCUUUACUGUCACAGAAUAUUCUGUAGAGAAAGCCUUUGAACACUUGACUCAAUUCAAAGACUCGGCCGAAAGGGAUGUCCGCUUUCACGUGACGAUUGGCCAGAAUUUAGGCGUUUAUCUCCGACAACCCGAAGAGGUGGCCAAUCCAUCGAUACAUCCCAUUAGUGUUGACCCGAUUUUCCUCAACGAUAAACAAAUCGAUAACAAACGAAAAGUAGAUUUUGAGAUGAAUUUGAGUCUCAUUUGUGACAACGAAUGGAUAACGUGUCCGUCGUUUUUGCAUUUGACGUACGGCUCGAGAGGUUUUGCUAUUAAAGUGGAUCCGCGAGGACUGGAGGACGGGAGGGAACACUUCGCGUUCAUCCGAGCCUACGAUACGAAUUGCAUAGAAAAGGGUCCCGUAUUUCACAUUCCCGUCUCCGUAAUGAAGCCCAUGAAAAUACCCGACUCUAAGCUUCUGGAGAGCACUCAACAUUAUAAACCGGGUUAUUUUAAGCGCCAAUUCGUGGACAUACCCUCGUCAGUGAAUUCGGUGGUCAUUCGGGCCAAGAAUCUGGACCCACAAGAGAGCGGUUCGUUUGUCAUUCAUUGCCAACAACUGUCGCCACUGCUGUCCAACCGAACCGAUGCGACCGAGAAGUUCUUCUCGUUGGCGCCAUUGGCCGAGAAUACGUACGCCAUUCCGUUGAAGAGUGGCCGCACUCUUGAGAUAUGUUUUGGCAGAUGGUGGUCGAGUAUUGGCGAGUCCUCCGCCCAAUUGAGUAUUCAGUUUUACGGACUCCAGCCCUCACUUGACUCAUACACAAUGUUGUCGAGUGAAGGCAUUUCGAGAUUAGAUAUUCAAUCAAACUUUGGUUAUGAAGAGAUUUCGCCCAAUAUUUCGCUGCAAACAUACGUUCAGCCCUUAAGACCCGUUGAGAAUAAAGUGCGUCCACUGACCGCUCGCGAUGUCAUACCUAUCGGUCGACAGAUUUAUGAGAUUUCCAAACCGACUGAUGUUUACAUCUCGUGUCCUCUUCUGUCGGAUGUCUUAUACGAAUCGGAAUACGAUUCGCAAAUUUGGAUGAUUUUUGACACAAACACUAAGCAAUUCUUGGCCACUGGAGACGCCUAUUCAUCCAGACAUUCGGCGAAACUAGAAAAAGGCGAAUACACUGUUCGGUUGCAAAUCCGUCACGAAUUGGUCGCACAAUUGGACAAACUGUCGGAUCUGUCGAUCAAUGUUCACCAAAAGCUGACUCCCGGCGCGUCGUUGAGUCUCUACGAGACCUAUAAGAAUGCCAUCACUGAUGGCAAGAAGUUUAACACUCAUGUGUUGCGACCCAAUUGUCACAAACCGGUGUUCGUGGCGGCGAUGACCGAACCGCCUAAGGGUCUGACUGUGGCCGCCGGCGGCUACUUCUCCGGUCACAUAACGUUCACCAAAUCAGAGGUUCGCAAAAAAGCGGAACAGUUUGCCUUCAAAUACGUGGUCGACAGCGAACCCCAGAAGAAGCCCAAAGACAAGGACAACAGCAACGGCGGCGCCGCUGGCAAAGAGUCCGCCGAUAAGAAGACCACUGCCGACGGUUUACCCGAAAAGUCUUUGGAGGAACAGUUCAGCGAAGCGUUGAGUGAUCUGAAGAUAUCCUGGAUUUCAAAAUUAAAGGGUAAAUCAUCGGAAGACGUAUUCAAUGAACUUCAGGCCACAAACAAAGCCAAUACUCAGCUAUUGUUGGCCCGAAUGCAGGCGCUGGACGCUGACCCUCAACGCGGCCAACACCUGACCACUCAAAUCAAUUUAGCGAACGAUGUCUUGGAUUUGAUAAAAGUUAAUGAUUUGAUCGCUUCGUUGGCUGUCGUGAAGAGUGAGAAGAAGGACACCAAUAAUUCAACCAAUAAUACAAACAAUACGGCACUCAAAAAUCUGGAGAAACAAAAGACAACUGUUUUGGAAGCGCUGGUGAAGAAGGGUAUCGCCAUCUGUGACCUAAUCGACGCCCAGACCGCUGGCUCGACCACUGCCACCGGCAUCGACCCGAACACAAUACCCGACUCGACCGCCGCCUCUGACGCCAAACUCUCGCCGACUGGCGACCACUUUGUCUCCGACGCGAAUCAAGUAUUCGCUGAGAUCUGCAAACUCACCGAUCCUUACGACCAAAUUCACCGGUUUAAAUGGCUUGCAGUGCGGGAAAACGUGGCUGUGAAGCCAGCUCGCUUCCGCACCCACGAGUUGGAGCUCAAGACCAUUAAUGCAUUCAAGCAAUUAAAUUGGACUCAUUUGGAGGCCGCGUAUAACCGAUCGAUUAAUGUUAAGUUUCCCAAAGAUUAUCGACUAUUUUAAUGGCAUUUAAUGUUUUCUAAUGUGUUUCAUAUAAUAGACGAUGAAAUAUAAUGUUUUAUUUUUAGUUAUAAAUUAUUUCACUAUUUAUUUAAUUC